GAGAUAAAGAAAAAACACACACACACACACACACACUGUACUCAAUAACCGAAACGUGCGACUCAUGACCGGAUUCGCAUCUCACUUCCAAGUCUUCAACAGAUAGGAACACCUGUUCCCCUUCUUCUUCCCCAGUUUCUCUCUCUCUCUCUCUCUCUCUAUAGAUUCUCCAUCUCUCUCACGCUUUCUAUGUCAAUUUCUUCACCAUUGAUGUUUCUGAAUUAAUCUCGCUUUCUGUACAGAUUCAGAAUUGUUUGUUUGUUGUUGGAAAACAUCGAGCUUAAUCAAAAUGAGUACGUCGUCAGGUCCGUACGAUCUCUCAUUUAAGAUCUUACUCAUCGGAGAUUCUGGUGUCGGCAAAAGUAGUCUUCUAGUCAGUUUCAUUUCCAACUCCGUCAACGAUCUGCCUCCAACUAUCGGUGUUGACUUCAAACUAAAGCAGCUUAGAGUUGGUGGUAAAAGAUUAAAACUUACAAUUUGGGACACAGCCGGACAGGAGAGAUUCAGGACAUUGACAAGCUCGUAUUACAGAGGUACCCAAGGGAUUAUUCUUGUAUAUGAUGUCACAAGGAGAGAAACCUUCACGAACUUGUCUGAAGUAUGGGCUAAAGAAAUCGAGCUUUACUCCACUAAUCAAGACUGCGUCAAGAUGCUCGUUGGAAAUAAAGUUGAUAAAGAUUCAGAAAGAUUCGUGAGCAGGGAAGAAGGUGCAGCUCUUGCAAAAGAGCUUGGGUGUUUGUUUCUUGAAUGUAGUGCUAGAACUCAGGAAAACGUACAACAAUGCUUUCAAGAGCUUGCGUUGAAGAUAAUGGAGGUCCCGAGUCUUCUGGAAGGGUCUACGGUGGCGAAAAGAAACAUAUCGAAGCAGAAACCACAGCAUCAGAGUGCGACGCCUACCAGUGGCUGUUGCUCAUAGAAGAAUGCUUAGGUCCAAUGGAACCGUUGUAAAUCUAUCAUUUGUUAUUCAUGUAACGAGGCUUGUGCUUGAAUGCUUAAAGGAAAAAUGUAGUUCCUUUCAUCGUGUAAAGUUGUUUUCGUGUUGUGGAGGAAUCGGAGAAAGUUAGCAUGCAUAUCAUUUUAUAAAUAAGAGCAGCAAUGUUUUGUGAACAACUUUGGUAGGUGAUGUGUUACAAGUAAAAAACCAAGUGAUUUGGUGUUUCCUUGC